UCCUGUCUCUCUUCUCACUGUGAGAGGAGCUAGUUGCUCUCACUGAGGUAUGCACAGAGACAGCCUUCCUGCUCUGACACAAGUGGUUCCAGAAUAACUUUUUUAUGUGUCUGUCGGUGGUAUUCUGGUUUCCAGUGAAAUAUACCAUUUGGAUCCUUCAAAGCUGCAGCGGAUGCUUUCAGUCUUCACCAUCCCUGAGGCUAAGUUGGGAGAUCUAAGACCAACCAAGACACCGCUUGAGAUUCAAGGAGCUCCUAGUUGAUUUAGGAGUCCCACAGAUUGGAUUAAGGACUGGUGUGAAGCACAACUAUUUGUGUGAUUCUGUGAAUAUAUGAGAAUGGUGAAGGCCUUUGUUCAAACUUGCUUAAAGUUGCUGUUGAUUUUCACCUUUGUCAAGUGUAAAAUCCCAGAUGCCCAUGUGACAUGUCCGUUCUCAGGACACUGUGUGCUGCCCUGCAGCUUCAAACCCAGUGGAAAUGAAAACAUAAUCUGGUACCAACAGGAGGUGCUCGUCCUCAGUCAAUCCCAGCAGGAUGGACACCAAUCGGACCAGCCUCCCCAGGUCCACAGUACCAGGAUGUACCUCCUCCAGGAACAACUCUCCAAGGGAAAUGCCUCGCUCCAUCUUAACGAGUGUGGCAUCAAGGACCGAGGCCGCUACAGGUGUCUGGUCAACAGCACACUGGAUCAACAAGAGUCCUUUGUCAUCAUGAAAGUGGAGGCUCCCAUCAAGAUUGUUACCAUGGAAAAGAGGUCUAACAAAGAGGUUCUGUGUCAGUCUAAGGACAUCUUCCCUGCUCCCCGUGUACAGUGGUCCACUCUGCCCAGAGAAGACAACCUGAGACCCACCACACAGAUGGUUCCCAAUUCUAAGGGCCUGUACUCCAUUCAAAGCAAGCUGAGAAUGUCUGAAAACAUCCUCACCUACAUCUGCACUGUUAACUCCACGUACGGAUCCCAGUCUUGGAGAAGUUCCCUGCAAGAAAGAGUGUUGGUUGGAAAAGUGGGGCGAGAGCUGUCCAUCCCCUGCAUCGCUCCACACAACCUCCAGAUUUUCUCCCUCACCUGGACCUUCACUAGAACCAAUAAGUCCUCAAUCAUCCUGAGCUACAACAACAGAACCAUACACACCUCCAACAACUGGUUGGGCCAGGCUGGACUGGAGCAGCACCAGAUUCUGAAGGGAAAUGGAUCCCUCCUCCUCAAACACCCAAAGACUCAGGAAAACACAGGGACCUACACAUGUACACUCUCAGGUCUCCAGAGCAGACACGUGGCUCAAACAAACGUCACUAUCAGGUCAAAGGCAGAAGAGAUGACAAUUGCUGAAAACCCGUCUGGAUGUUCAGCGGAAAGAAAUUCCAGCAUGUGGCUGGUUGCUGUAGUAAUUGCAGUGGUAGUGGUGGCAGCGGUAGCAGCUCUGCUGCUGUAUAGAAAACGAAGAGCCAAUCAGCAGCAGUCUGAUGGGAUCGCUGUGGAGGACACUGAGGCACAGCCAAUGAAAACAAUUAAAACAGCUGAGGAUUUGCCAGUGGAUAAUCACCAACUGUGACAGCAGACCACUUCCACAUACAGAAAAUCUGACUGACAAGGCCUUCUAGAUGACAUGAUCAAGCAUGCUUUUCUAGCUUGACUCAUUUGGAAAAUAUGCCAGAGGUCCUCAACCAGAGCCAAGGGAAAUAGUGGUGCUGGGGGUGUUGUAAUCUCAGCACCCUCUGACAAGAUUCGGAAACCACUUUUAUCUUUGUUCUAUCCCCUAAUCGUGCUACCAAUUUGCUCAGAGAUGCCUUGCCCUUCCAUGGUAUGUAAGUAACUCCUGUAUAGAGAAGUUAACAUGCUGUGCUGUUGGUAAUGGAGCUUGACAUGUUCGGUAUAACACUAGAAUCUUUUGAUUUGGAGUGAAAUGAAAGCUGGGUAAAAAAUGUUAUGCUGCACCUUUGAGUGCAUCUGUAGUUGUUUUUGUUUGUAAAGGAUUCAAGAGCAUGAGCACCAGAGGCAGUCAAGAACACAAGACAUUGUACUCUCUUACAGUGUCUUCAGAAAGUAUUUGAACCCAUUCACUUUCUCUGCAUGUAGUUGUGUUAUGGACAUUGUUUCUAAUUGUUAUUAAUUGGUAUCAAUCUAUACACAAUACCAUAUAAUUACAAAGCAAAACAAGUAAAAAACUGAAAUAUCUCAUGUACAAAUAUAUGAGUGUUCAGAUCCUUUGUUCUGUACUUUUUAAAAGUGCCUUCGGCAGCGAUCACAGGUAUUCCUGGGUAUGCCUCUACCAGUUCUGCGUGCUCAGAUUUGGUCAGGCUCUCCAAUUUUUCAGAGAUUUUCAAUGACAUUCAUGUCUGAGCUUUGGCUAGGCCACUCAAGGACAUUUACAAACUUGUCCUGAAGACACUCCAGAGUUCUUUGGGCUGUGGGCUUUGGGUUGUUGUUGUGUUAAAAGAUAUAUGCCCCAGUCUGAGUUCCUGUGCACUCUAGAUUUUUUGUUGUUCAACCAUGCCGUCAUUUUGACCUGUCGACCAAGCCCUUUCACUGAGAAAGAUCCCGAUAGCACAAUGCUCCAUGUUUCACCAUAGGGAUGGCAUUAGUCAAGUGAUGAGUGGUACCUUGUUUUCACCCGACAUGCUUUGCAUUCAGGUCUAAUCGUUUUAUUUCAGUCUCAUCAAACCAGAGAGUCUUGUCAUUUAGACUGUAUGUCAUGUGCCUUUUACUCAUAUGCUUCUUUCUAACCACUCUUCCAUAAAUGCCUCAUUGAUGGAGUGCUGCAGAGAUAAUUGUCUUGCUUUUGUUUAGCUCUUGCACAUGCAUUGUGAAGUGGGGGCCCUUAUAGACAGAGUUUGGGAGUAACGGAUUACAGAAAAUCAGUAACUGUAAUCCGUUACUUUACCAACUAAAAUAUUGUAAUCGGAUUACAGAUACUUUUGAAAGAAUUUAUGAUUACAUUUGGAUUACUUCAAUUAAAAAGAUUAGGUGUGCGACAUACUUACGACAUGUAAAAACAUUGUUAUUUGAAUUAAAAUAACAAUUGUACGCCUCAGUUGUUGUGUGUGAUCAUCAUGCGAGCAAA